CAUGCAGGGGAUUUCCAACUCAGCUGCUUAUAUAGAAGCUGGAUGCAAAGUCCUCUUUCUGACUCCUGUUUCCUCAGUCUCUGGUUUCUGCUGCUCCCUUGAUUGCAGAGAUGGCUUCCACUGCUUCCUGCCUCCGUGUGAAUGUUCAUUAUGAGAAAUGGGAACCAAUGACCUUCACUGCCAACAUGGAAGACAGAGUGAAGAAGAUCAGUGAACAUGUCCGAUCUAAGACCAAGGUUCCUGUGCAGGAUCAGGUCCUUCAGCUGGGCUCGAAGACCCUAAAGCCCCACAGGAAGCUAUCAUCUUAUGGUAUUGACAAGAAGACGACCAUCCAUCUCACCCUGAAGGUGGUGAAGCCCAGUGAUGAGGAACUUCCCUUAGUUCUGGUGGAGUCAGGUGAUGAGGGUCAGAGGCACCUCCUCCACGUGCGAAGGCAUAGCUCCGUGGCCCAGGUGAAAGAGAUGAUCGAAUCCAAGACUGGUGUAACUCCUGAGAAACAGAUUGUGACUUGCAAUGGAAAGAGACUAGAGGAUGGGAACACCAUGGCAAAUUAUAGCAUCAGAAGGGGCACUUUACUCUUCUUGACAUACCACUGCAUUGGGGGGUGACUAUCCUGGGGACAGGGUGAUAGUUGGAGCAAAAGACCUUAUUUUCUUUUAUUUCUUACUCAACAACCACAUCCUUUAAUGAAUUCUCAAAAUUAUUGAGAAAGAAAUCAAUAGAAUGCUUAGAUUUGGAGGUGGGUGUUGUUAAACUGUAGAAUACUUUUUAACUCUAUGAUUCUUUGAUUCUAACAUAAUUAAGCAGCAGGAUUGUGUGUAUUACUGAGAACAGAAAAUAAGUUUUUAAGGCAUAUUAGACAUACCAUUCAGAGCCAGCUUGCCAAUUAAUGCUUUCUUGGUUCCUUCUGAUUUAUAGAAACACUCCCAUUGCCUUUACGAUCCAAAAACAGUAAGAUUUAGGCUGGGAUCAAUGUUCUGUUAACUUCUGUGUUUCCAUCUAUGUGUAAGCCAGUGCUUCAGCUAUCAUAUUACUAGAUAAUUGUUGAACCAAAUUGAAUUUCUAUUUGUAGAGAACAGUGAAAUGAUUUAUUAUGAAGUGAAUUAGUCAAUCUGACAUGGUCACAAUUUAGCUAAUAAAGAAUUUAGAAGUUAAAUUAAACUA